AUGCGCCAUCUCCAUUCACUUGGCAAAGCGAGUAAAAGUGAAUUUGAGGCAGAACUGAAGUCUGCUGGUGAGAAGCUUAUAGUAGUUGAUUUUUCUGCUACAUGGUGUGGGCCAUGCAAAAUGAUCAAGCCCUUCUUCCACAGUUUGGUUGAGAAGUAUGGUGAUGUGGUGUUCAUCGAAAUUGAUGUGGAUGAUGCCCAGGAUGUUGCUAGCCACUGUGAUGUGAAGUGCAUGCCAACGUUCCAGUUCUACAAGAAUGGAAAAAAGGUGCAGGAAUUCUCUGGGGCAAAUAAAGAGAAGCUGGAAGAGACAAUUAAAAGUCUAGUCUAAUCUCCAGCUGUGGAGACAUUGAAGCGUCACUGCUUCGGCAACAUUAUAGCCCGCAACUUUUCUACUUAAAAAUUAAUCUAAACAAGUUAGCUAGUUUAAGUAGUGGAAACUAUCCUCUUAAUCCAUGUAAAUGAGUACAAUAAAAUGUGAAUUCUUCACUUU